AUGCACAAGGGUCAGAAAACAGAGCCCAUUGUGACCGGGACACACGAACAUCGGCAGGCGCCCUCCCAGUCUGCAUUUGACGUCCACCUCCUGCAGUGCCGGCCAAGGACUUCCUCAGCGGCCGGUCGUGCAGGCUGCACUCGCCUGGCCCCGAGCCCACCCGGACACGGAGGCCUCUUCGAGGACCCCUGGCUGCUCCGGGCAGACGAAUGUGGCCCGUGCCAGGGGCCCUUGGCCGGCAGGGCCCCCAGCCCAGCCCCAGUGCUGGCUUGUGCCCGGAGGGUGGUGGACGGCUGUGAAGUGGCAGCCAGGGCGGCCCAGAGGCCAGAGGCCAUAGCCCAGAUACCCCCGCUGCGGAGGGGGGCCACCACGCUGGGUGUGACCACACCCACCGCAUCCUGCAGGGGCGUCCUGGCGGUUGCGGCCUCCUCUCUGGGCAACCCGAAGGCUGCCCCCAGCAGCAAGCGGAGCGUGGCUCAGGGAAGCCUCUUCACAAGGCCUGGUGGGGCGGCCCCCCCCGCCCCUCCUGUGCGCAAGUCCAGCCUGGAACAGAAGAGUAGCCCAGCGCUGGCUGCUCCCCAGGGCGGGGGCCUGACCGGGGCUACGACUGCUGCCCUUCCCCGAGGAGAGGAGGAGGCCAGGGCUGGGAGCCGGGCUGACCACUCCGUCGCCAGGGCCACGUCCAGCCUGAAGGCCCGGGCGGGCAAGGUGGAAGCCGCGAGCCGGCCCAGCGCCCAUGGCUCUCUCGAGAGGUGCGAGGGCCCGGCGCACAGCAAGGCCAGGGAGGCUCCCGGCAGGGCCCGGGCUGUGCCCAGGUUGGGUGUUCCGUCCCCCAGCCCCGUGCCUGGGCCUACUCCAGCCUGUAGGGGCAGCCCGGCCAAAGGUGUGGGGGCCCCCAAGCCCCCAGUCGGCGGGAGCAAGGGCCGCAGUCCAGCAGUGGGUGGUUCGAGGGCCUUGCGUGCUCCCAUGAAGCCGCUGACCCCAGCAGUGGGCAGGACCCCCGGUGGCCCCGUGAUGACUCCCCGGGCGGCCCCGCGGGCUGUGCCUGGUGUCGGGGCCAAGGCCAGCCAGGGCACCAUCAUGGGCACCAGGCAGGCGCUCCGGGCCGCCCACAGCCGCGUCAACGAGCUGGCGGCCAGCGGUACCCCCGGCAGAGGUGGUCUUUCCUGGGGCUCGGCGGACACGGACAGCGGCAGCGACAGUGGCGUAAAUGUGGGGGAGGAGCGGCUACCCGCUGUCCCCGCGCUGCCCUCCCCCUACAGCAAGGUCACGGCCCCAUGGCGGCCCCAGCGCUACAGCAGCGGCCACGGCAGCGACAACAGCAGCGUGCUGAGCGGCGAGCUCCCGCCCUCCAUGGGCCACACCGCGCUCUUCUACCACAGCGGCGGCAGCAGCGGCUAUGAGAGCGUGCUGCGUGACAGCGAGGCCACCAGCAGCGCCUCGUCCGCGCCCGACUCCAUGAGUGACAGCGGGACCGCCUCGCCGGGGGCCCGCUCCAGCAGCUUCAGGUCCCACAAGAAGAGGGCCACAGGUCCACAGCGGAGACGGCUGAUCCCGGCCCCCAUGCCAGACACUGCUGCCCUGGGCCGCAAGCCCGGCCUCCCUGGGCAGUGGGUGGACUUGCCGCCGCCCCGGGCCGGCUCCCUGAAGGAGCCUUUUGAGAUCAAGGUGUAUGAGAUCGACGACGUGGAGCGCCUGCAGCGGCACCGGCCGCCCCCGAGGGAGGACCCGGCUGAGCCCUCCCAGGACGUGGAGAAGUGUCUGGUGUGCGCCAGCGCCCGGCUUCGGCUGGCGAAGCGCAGGCAGCAGCGGCUGCGGGAGGUACAGGCCAAGCACCAGCAGCUGUGCGGGGAGCUGGCGGAGACCCAGGGCCGGCUGAUGCUGGAGCCCGGCCGCUAGCUGGAGCAGUUCGAGGCGGACCCGGAGCUGGAGCCCGAGUCGUCAGAGUACUUGGCGGCCCUGGAGCACGCCGCGGCCGCCUUGGAGCAGUGCGUGAAUGUGUGCAAGGUCCACGUCAUGUUGGUCACCUGCUUCGACAUCAGCGUGCUUUUGCUUUUUCAAGAUUGCUUUGGUUUUUUGGGACUCUUGUAUUUCUUUUCUUUC